CGGAAGCGCAGCGACUUUGGGCGGCCCUGCAACUUCUCGGACCUGCCGGCCGAGGUGACCGUGGACAUCCCGCCGGACCCCAGCCUGGCCGAAGACUUCAUCCCCCAGGACCCCGUGGACUUCGCCCUUCAGCACGCGCCCGUCAUGGCUCUGCACGAGGUGAACACGGAGCGGGUGCAGGCGACAUCCCGGGGCAUGAACCACGUGGAGGGCGGGUGGCCCAAGCACGUCGACCCCAAGAACACGGAGCUGACCUCCCGCUACAGGGAGGAGGUGGAGAGGGAUGAGGUCUACACCAGAACCAUCCAGCACCUUGGCACUCUGAUGGAGCACUGCAUCAGGCAGAACAAUGCCAUCGACAUCUACGAGGAAUAUUUUGCAGACGACGAAGAGGAAGAGGGGAUCGAGGACCCUCCCUCUGCCAAAACCAUCAGUGCCUUCAGUGCCUCAAAGGUUAAUUUCAGCAUCAGGGGCUGUUGGGUUGUUUUGGGAGGCAGAUCCAGUAAGAGAAUUGGAUUUUCAGAAAGGGACCCAAGCCCGGUCAGGAGGACGGCCACACACCUCUCCUGGCACCCCGACGCCGGCAAGGAACUGGCCGUGGCUUACUGCAGCCUGGAGUUCCAGGACAAGAGGAGAGACAUCGGCAUUGAUUCCUUCAUCUGGGAUAUGGAAUACCCCUACAAGCCAUUGCUCACCCUCAUGCUCUCGUCCCCUGUGGUGACCGUGGAAUACAAUCCCAAGGACUGGCAUCACCUGCUGGGAGGCUGCUACAACGGGCAGAUAGUGUACUGGGACACCAGGAAAGGGGGGCUGCCCAUGGAGGCGACCCCCGUGGAGCUCAGCCACAGGGACCCCGUGUAUGGAGCGCUCUGGCUGCCCUCCAGAACAGGCACUGAGUGUUUCUCAGCCUCUACAGAUGGGCAGGUCCUGUGGUGGGACAUCCGCAAGCUGUCACAGCCCAGCGAUAGGCUGGUCUUGGACAUCACCCGGGAAGACCAGCUGAAGAAUGCCCUGGGUGCCAUCUCCCUGGACUUUUCGCUCUCCAUGCCCACCAAGUUCCUGGUGGGCACAGAGCAGGGCAGUAUCAUCAACUGCAACCGUGACGCCAAGACCCCCCCCGAGAAAAUCGCCAACGUCUUCAAUGGCCACAUCGGGGCUGUUUAUGCCGUGGCCAGGAGCCCCUUCAACCCCAAAGUCUUCCUGUCGGUGGGUGACUGGACUGCCCGCAUCUGGUCGGAGGAGAACCUGGACUCGUCAUCGAUUAUGGAGACCAAGUGCCACGUUCCCUACCUGCUGGACGGGUGCUGGAGCCCCGUGAAGCCGUCUGUGUUCUUCACUGUCAGGUCAGAUGGGACCCUGGAUGUCUGGGACUUCCUCUUCCACCAGAAGGAGCCUUCCCUCAGCCUCAAGAUGAGCAACGAUCCCCUCCUCAGCCUGCGCCCACAGGACAACGGGCGCAUCAUUGGCUGUGGCACCAAGCAGGGCACCAUCAACAUCCUGGAGAUCUCCUCGGGGCUCUGCACCCUCCGGAAGAACGAGAAGUCCCUGACCUCCACGAUGUUCGAGCGGGAGGCGCGGCGGGAGAAGGUCCUGCAGGACAAACAGCGGGAGCUGCAGGUGCGGGCACAGCUCCUGGCAAAGGCCAAGAAGGAAGAGCCGGAGGAUCCCCAGGAGGUGUUCAAGCAGGCCCGCAAGGAAUUCUUCAAUGUCAUCAAGACUGAGCAGCAGAGGAGGGGAGAGACAGUGUCCCUGUUUUCAGAGAGUCAAGAAGAGGAGGCGGCUGCAUAGCAAUAGGAAAAGGAGGAGAAGAAGAAGGGGGAGGAUGCCAAGGUCAGUGCACUCCAGCUUCGCCUUCCUUUCCCCUCCGUGCCAGAGCUGCUGCUCCAUGGCUCCUGCAGGGAUGAGGCCACUGGCCCUGAGCUGGGCAGCACCCGUGGGCUCUGUGCCCCUGUGGGCUGGGCCCUGCACAGCAUCCUGACCCCACAGAUGCUCCCUGGCUCUUGGCAUCCUGAUUUUCUUUGUGGUGAAUAAACCACUGCU